AUGACCGCUCCCUGGCGGCGCUUCCGGAGUCUGGUUUGGGAAUACUGGGCCGGGCUCCUCGUGUGCGCCUUCUGGAUCCCGGACUCGCGCGGGAUGCCCCACGUCAUCCGGAUCGGAGGAAUCUUUGAGUAUGUGGAUGGCCCCAACGCCCAGGUCAUGAAUGCUGAGGAACAUGCUUUUCGAUUUUCUGCCAACAUCAUCAACAGGAACAGGACUCUGCUGCCCAACACAACCUUGACCUAUGACAUCCAGAGGAUUCACUUUCAUGACAGCUUCGAGGCCACCAAGAAGGCCUGUGACCAGCUGGCCCUGGGAGUGGUGGCGAUCUUCGGGCCGUCACAGGGCUCUUGCACCAACGCCGUCCAGUCCAUCUGCAAUGCCCUGGAGGUGCCCCACAUCCAGCUGCGCUGGAAACACCACCCACUGGACAACAAGGACACCUUCUACGUGAACCUCUACCCCGACUACGCCUCCCUCAGCCACGCCAUCCUCGACCUGGUCCAGUACCUCAAGUGGCGAUCGGCCACCGUGGUCUACGACGACAGUACAGGGCUCAUCCGACUGCAGGAGCUCAUCAUGGCCCCGUCGAGGUACAACAUCCGCCUGAAGAUCCGCCAGCUCCCCCUUGACUCCGACGACUCGCGCCCCCUGCUCAAAGAGAUGAAGCGGGGCAGGGAAUUUCGCAUCAUCUUCGACUGUAGCCACACCAUGGCCGCCCAGAUCCUCAAGCAGGCCAUGGCCAUGGGCAUGAUGACCGAAUACUACCACUUCAUCUUCACCACGCUG